CAAGUUUGCAACUUUCUUCACCCUCUCUCUCUCUCUCUCUCUCUCUCUCUUAAGUCUUAUUCUCUAAGUCUUGUUAUAUUAAGACCUUGUAACUGUUAAAUAGUGGGAUAUUCCUUCUAUACAUAGAACGGAACAUUUAUUACCAUUUCAAAUUAAACCAAAAACCCAAUAAGCCAAUCUCUCAAUCUUCCACAAAAGAAAUUGUAGAGAAUUUUUCAAGCCUAAAAGAUUAUCAUCUCUACAUGAAGCCUCCAGUACCCGAAGAAGAUCCAUGUCUUUCUGAGACUUCAAGCCUAAAAGUCAUGUCAAUGGAGAGACAAAAAGAUCAAAAACUAAAAGUUCAAGAAGAAGAAGGAAAUAGUUAUGAAGAAAAUGACCAAGAAGACACAAAGGAUGUCCAUCUAGUAUUGGACCUGAGCCUUCCCAUCAACAAUUCCGAUCAAGGAUCGAAGCCGGAGCUCAAUUUCAUCGACUGCUUCGACUCGAAUUCCUCGGAGACUUGUCCCGAUGAUCACCAAUCAGGCGACCACCAAGGCAAUGAGAGCAGCACUGAGCUAAGAGUUUUCUCAUGCAACUAUUGCCAAAGGAAAUUCUACAGCUCCCAGGCUCUCGGAGGCCACCAAAAUGCGCACAAGCGAGAGCGAACGCUGGCAAAAAGGGGACAAAAGUUCGGUUCCUUGGCACCUCCCGGAGGAGGGGCUAGUUUCUAUGGCCUUCCAAGCUCAUCAUCUUUAUCAUCAUACUCAAGCAUGGCUUCUCUGCCUCUGCAUGGCUCUUUCAACAGGUCACUUGGUAUUCAGGUGCAUUCCAUGAUUCACAAGCCUUCUUCUUAUGGCCAUUUUCCCAACGUCAUGAUGAUGAAUAGUACUAGUUCCUCUCAGCUUUAUGGACAUAAUGGCUGGCAAAGGCUGCCUAUUGAUCAGCAGCCAGCAAUCGGGAGGAAUUUCCACGCUGGAGAGGCCGGCGGAGGGCUCUCAUCCUCCUCCUCCUCCUCCGGCGGUGGAGGCCCCGCCAGGUUCGAUGCUGUUCGGAGAUUUUCUCCGGAGGAAAUUGGAGGGUUGUGGUGGAAUAGUGGCCAUCUGAAGACUAAGCAAGAUGAGUUGCAGAAACUUGACUUGUCUCUCAAGCUCUAA